AUGCCUAAGGAGAUCUUACGUUCUUCCUUAUGGGGUAGUAGGAAGGUUGAUAUGGCAGCGGUCGAUCCUUGCGGAAGGUCUGGUGGUUUUUUGUCCUUUUGGGAUAAUUAUUUGUUCGAUAAGAUUGAUUCCUUCUCCGGCAGGAAUUAUCUUAUUGUGGCUGGACGUUGGCGCCCCAACGGUGUUACCUUGGGCAUUUGUAAUAUUUACGCGCCGCAAGACUCUAGCGAAAAGGCCGCGUUAUGGUCUAAACUUUCGGACUUGUUGGAGUCCAUAGUUGUGGAUGUUUGGCUCUGUUGUGGUGACUUUAAUGCUGUCAGACGCCCGAAUGAACGACUUGGGUCUGACUUUGAUUCCGGCAGUGCUUUGGAUCUUAACAAUUUCAUUUUUUCUAAUGGUCUUUUAGAUCUCAAUAUGGGGGGUCGUAAAUUCACAAGGAAAAGUGCCGACGGUAGCAAAUGGAGUAAGUGGGACCGAUUUCUGGUCUCCCAUAAUUUCCUUGACAUUUGGCCUAAAGCUUCGGUGGUUGCUUUACCAUUUUUAUAUUCGGACCACUGCCCCGUUUUAUUAGACGGAUGUAGAGAGGAUUUCGGUCCUAUUCCUUUUAAAUUAUAUAAUUCUUGGCUUCAUGAUGCUGAUUUUGUGCAGUUGGUUAAGGAUGGAUGGAUCAAGAAUACUAAUGUGGAUGCAAACAGUAACAACAUCAAGCUUUUCAUGUCCAAACUCAAACAUUUGAAAUCUGGCAUUAAGGCCUGGAGGAAAGCUAAAAUGGAGUCGGGAAAAGCUGAGAAAAUUGCCCUCAGAUCAAAAAUCGAUGAUUUUGAUGCUCGUGCCAUGAACAGAGUUCUUACGGACGCAGACGUACAGGCCAGAGCUGAUGCGAUGAAGCGUGUAUUAGAAAUUGACGAAGCAGAGCUUUGUGAUCUUAAGCAAAAGGCGAAAGCGAGGUGGGAUCUUGAAGGUGACGAGAACACUCGAUUCUUUCACGGAAUUCUCAGAAGUAAGUACAGCCGAUCGAACAUUCUUGGUAUAAACGAAAACGGCAGCUGGAUUAGAGACCCGAUUCGCAUUAAAAAUUCGGCCUACGAAUUCUUUAAGCGUAAGUUCUCGGAAGAUGUGGCUUGCACCGAAAUUCAGAAGUGA